AUGGCCAGCUCAUCCCCCUCGGCACAGAGCGAGCACACUUUCGCCUCGACACCCGGCGCCACGUCCACGUCCUUUACCUUCCAGUCGCAUACGUCGUCACUUGGAGCUAGCGAACCGCCUUCACCGGAGGGCUUCUCGGCCGCCGCGAUACUCGCCACCCUCCACGACAGCAGACCGCCGACCAGCCACGGCGACGAUGCGGACGUGUUCGACGACGACGACGACGAUAGCGGAGGCAUAUCUUUGGUAGAUGACGGACAGGGUCUCAGCGCGCCUCACCUACAGGCCAUGUCUGUGCCGGUCCUGCCCGCUAGCAUUGGCGAUAUUCUACAACCCUCGAACGGCCAGUCGUACUCGGACAUGGAGUAUUCCUCCUCUUACGCCGCGCUAGACCAGCAUGCCUCAAUGCUGGCGUCUCUCACCAUGGAGCAGCUGCCAACUCCUCCGGCGGAGUCCCCAACCAUGCUGACACUACAGAUGGCCCCCGCAGGCGGUCCGCCGACCUCCAUGCAUGUCGUUCAGGAGCCUACCCAGAGUACCUACGAAGAGCAUCUGAGCAUUCAGGACGUCUCAGCCUUCAUCGAUAUUACGAGCUUCUUCCACUACUACGCGGCCCCGCCCAAGGUCUUGGUACGAGGUCUGGAUGCCGUAAAACAGCCAGAGGCUAUUACGCGGGACGACAUAAAAGGCGACGGCUACGAUUUCCAGGGCAUCAACUGGGACGAGCGGUCUUCGACGCGGGCUUCCAUUCGCGCUACACGGACCGCUUUUGAGGGCUCGCGGUUGCAGUCGAAGGUGAAACGGUUUCGACAGUGGCACGAGCAAACUCCCAACACUGAGAACUAUUUCUCUUUCCGGAGGAUGAAUACGAGACACCGCGCCUACUUCCCGCACUUCCAGCUACGCAAUCUCCUGGCCUCGACCUCGAGGAACGACAUAUAUUAUGCGACUAAGGACGGACUACUACGUACGGACGCCUCCGGCACGACCCCUACUUUCGUCAUCGACAAUCGCAAGCGAACUAUACACGGCAACGCCUGUCUGAUCACCACUCUUGCGGCUACUGAUAACGUCUUGAUCGCAGGCGGCUUUGAAGGCGAAUACGCCAUUGCCAAUCUCUCGGCCUCUCACGGCACGCCCUAUACAACUGGUGUCAUCAAGGAUUGCUCUCCAGACACCAAAUCAUGGAUCACGAAUCACGUACACCUCUUCAACUCUCGCACUACCUAUGUGCCGCAAGCAGUCCUCUGUUCGAACGAUUGGCGUUUACGCAUCCUGGACUGCGAGACGAAUAGAUUCACCCACUCCUUUCUCUACCCGUCAGCCGUAAACUGCUCGGCGACGAGUCCGAACGGCCGCAUGCGUGUCGUAGUAGGCGACUUUCACGAGGCGCUCAUCACAAACGCCGAAACUGGCCAGCCCUUCGAGACGCUAAACGCGCAUGUUGAUGACGUCUUUGCCUGCGACUGGGCAGACGAUGGCAUCCACGUCGCGACUGCCGCCCAAGACUCCACCAUCGUGGUAUGGGACGCCCGGAAUUGGAAGAAACCAAUCACCACUCUCUUCUCUGAGCUUUCGAUCCCCCGUGUACUCCGGUUCUCACCAAUCGGCAGUGGACCUCGUGUUCUCGUCGCAGCCGAAGCAGAUGAUUACGUCAACGUCAUCAACGCCCAGACGUUCGAGUCGAAGCAAGUCUUUGAUUUCUUCGGGCCGACAGCGGGGAUCAGUAUGACGCCUGACGGUCAAUCCUUAUUUAUCGCCAACGCCGAGAGAAGAUUCGGCGGCAUCAUCGAGCUCGAGAGGACUGGGUGGGCCGAGUUCACGAGAUCCAGAAGGCCCCCAGAGCCCUAUAUGGAGGCGGAGAUGGUCGAUUGGGAGUCGGAUGAUCAUCUCGACGACCGUAGCCGGGUGCCAUGUGGCUUCCGGGAGCGCGAGAGGAGGGGGAUUGAUCUAGGUAGUCUCCUCGUAUGA